GCUUUCUAUGGUCUUCCCGCCCUGUCGCAGUUAGAUCAGCUGCUCCUCGCGCUGCAUCUUCACACCGACUCUUUACGAAGAUGACCGGACGGGACCGAGUGGUUCACCUGCUCAGACAGCUGGAGCGCGCGGCGUAAGUUCGAUAAAAGUUCGAUAAUCGAUCAUUAAAGAAAGAGUCACAGGUAAAGGUGAGCUCGUGCAGCACGGAGCGGUGACGUUUAAAGAGCAGGACCGCCCACCAUGUUGUUUUUCUGUCUGAAGGGGAGAGGAGUCCGACCAAACCCCGUUCAAAAAUCUGAGGGUUAAGGAAAUCUGUGUUCUAAUGAGGGUUAGCCUCAGUCCAGAGAACCGGUUUAAACUUAAAUUAUAUCAGUAUGAAGAGUCUGGACCAUCGGCCUCAUGAUGGACCAUGAAGAGGACUAAUAAACCCUUUAGAAACCGGGUCAAAGAGUCUGCUGGGUGGACCUGGGAGACCGCCAGUCGCGGCCGGUAUACAAGACGCUGCGAGCGGAACCCCGCCUGAGCAAAAAGAGAUGUCUGCUGUCUCCCUGAAAAUGAUUCUCAAAGUAAGGAAAUGGCGCUAUUAUAUUCAUCAUUCCAUUAAAUGUGUAUUUCAGUCCGUUAGCGCUCUCUCCACCCAGCGCCGGGGCGGACUCGGAACGUCUUUUGUCUCACGCAUGCUCAGAUCACAGUUCUGCAUUAAAAAGUUAGCUUAUCCUAGCCACAUACAAAAUCCUUAAGGGGCGCCAAACAUAUGGCGCCAAUACGGUGGCCUGGAAGUGCAAAACACAACCGCAAAAGAGAAAACACGACAGCAAAUCAAAACACAAACGCAAAAGAGAAAACGCAAACACAAAAAAAGAAAACACGACAGCAAAUCAAAACACAAACGCAAAAGAGAAAACGCAAACACAAAAAAAGAAAACACGACAGCAAAUCAAAACACAAACGCAAAAGACAAAAUGCAAACACAAAAAAAGAAAACACGACAGCAAAUCACAUAUGCAAACACAAAAAAGACAACGCAACCGCAAAUCCCAAAACAGGACAGCAUCAUCGGUCUUCCUCUUCUUCUUCGUUGUAGUUUAAUAGCAGUUUACUCCGCUGGGGGUGGAGUACUACUGCCACCUGAUGUGGGAACGGGAAAGUAAGCGCUCGAAUCGACUCAUCUGUCCUUUGACCCGGAAAGGGUCAAACACGAAGCGCGCCUGACGAUGUAUUGCCGGUAUUGUGGCAAAGAGCUCCCGGGAAAACCUAACUUUUGUAGCAGUUGUGGGAAAAGGCUGCAAGAAGCGGACGGUGACAGUCCAUCAAGUAAGUUAAGGGAUGUUCAAUUAAUGUGUUCUGCUACUUGUGGGAGUUAAGACAUUACAGUAGCAGCGUUAAUGUGCGUCUCUUUCCUUCCCCUGCUCAAGCACCGGCUCCACGGCGGGAUGUCGGAAAGGCGGUUGCCCCCCUGCGUGACGAAAUUGACCAUAUUAAUAUCUCAAAAUGUAAAUCAGCACAAACGAAAAUGUUUGCGGCACGAACAUUUUCGUGCGAGACCAUUUUGAGCUAAUUUGAAAGAUAAGUGGGGACUGCUUUACCCACUGAGCAAAAGACGUAUAUUAGAUGUCUAGUCUAAGUUUAUACUUCAUUUCAACGUCGAUUUCGUGUGUUGUCGUGAAAGUAAAUGAGGGCCUGCUCUCUCUGUUGGAGCCAAGGUUAAAAAGCUGCUAGUUAGGCUAUCCAUUUAAAUUAGACAAUGAAUUCUAUUUUGAUGCCAGUACUGUUGUUUUUGGUUAUCCAGUGGUAUUUUUUAUAUAGUUAAAUUUGUGUUUAACUGUGAUUGUCAUAAAUGUGUUUUUCACUAUGUGUGGUAGAAUUGGGACGCAUUACUUGAAUUAUUCCAAUAGUAUUUUGUUAAUGGAUUAGCAGUGCUAUAGGAAAUUCUAAUAGUAAAAAUCUAAAAGUAUUGGUAUUGAAUUUUUUUUUUUACCAAGAGCGAAAGGUAUUUAUUAUGCAUUAUGUUCUGCUUCACAAGUUGCCAAUUGUACUAAAAAAAAUAAAAAAUAAAUUUAUAAUGGUUGAUCUACAAGCUCACACUGUUCUUUUUCCAUGUGUUUUCUUUCCAGCCAUAUUGAAUAUGGCCUCUAAUUAUUUGAAAGAGUGGCAGAGAAAAAGAUCUAGCGAGGGUGAUUUCUUGGAUGAAUUCACUAGUGAUGAGGAUGUGUCACAGGAGGACACACAGGCAGUAUACUGCCUUGACCACUGCAAUAAUGUUCGAUAACUCAAAAACUAAAGCAGAACAAACGAACAUUUUUGCAGCACAAACCUUCAUAAACGAUGCACAAACGAUUACAAGACUUGGUGUUUUCAAAGUUUAGAAACACAGUGACUAAAGAAACAUCAGUGGGCACGUUUUUGUAAUUAGUCAUGGUUCUCAAAGUUCAUUAUUUGUUGUUAUUAUUAAAGCUGUUCUAUAAAGGUUAAAGCACCAUAUAAAAGUAACCCAUUAGUAAAAUAUCCUGUGCGGUUCUCCUCCUCUGAUCAUAGCGGCAUCCUUAGCAGCAUUCUGUUAUACAGAAAUAAGAGACCCAAAAUUUUACAAUAUUUUUUUCUUUGUUUUCCUGUAGCAUCACAGACUAUUCAAACCCCUACUCUUCAGACCUUUCUGGAGUACAGAAAGAAGAAAGCAGAGGAGAGGCAAAAGUUUUCAUGUGGGAAAAAGGCAGCAAAGAAACCAGAGAAAGUCCAGGCAAGUUGGGUGUGGCUCAGAGCGAGAGUGGGCAAAGUAUCUUACAGACUAUCUUUUGACAUUCUCCAUCAUCUCACUUCUCUUAAACUAAGCCUGAUGGCAGGCACAGUUUCAUGUUAACCGUAUAUGACAUAUGAUGACAUAUAUUUUAGCUUGGCUUCGGUGCCACAACCCAUGGUAGUCAGACAAUUUCUCUGACUCUUUGUAUUAACUUUGUAUAUAUUUGCUAGUUUCUGUCCAUAAUGUAUAAUUAACUGUGGCAUGCAAAUAUACAUUAUAUUACCAAUUAACUGUCAAUUGAUAUUUAACAUGACCCACUAACAGUCCACUUUUUAAAAAAAUCUUGCAGAUAAAUGUUGGUCUGGUGAGCAUGGUGAAGGGAGGUGGUCUCAAGCCACUGCGUGGGAGAAGUCUGUGCCUUUCCACACAUCCUGACAUCACUGCCCCAGAUCUGCUUGAUCAGGCUGUGAAAAAAAUGAAGGACUUCAAUAAAGACCUCGAUGAUGGACCUUUCAUCCUUCUUUAUCCAGAUUGCUCUGAAGUGGUCAAUGUACCUGGCACAGAGACACCAUUUAUGUUAAAGACAUACAAGGAGGAAAUUGGCAAACCAUAUCAGCGCAUCACCAUUUACAUCUGCUCCAAAACCGACUUUGAGGAAGGUAAAUUGUGUUAUGUCCUAGUUGUGUCCAGUGCAAAGAUGCCUGGCUGUGUUAUAUAGAUUUUGAUGUAGACACUGGGUUUUUAAAAGAUGAGAUGUUUUAAUGGCUUACCCUCACUUUUGGAUUAGCAGUUAUGAAUUUUCACUGAAUCAUGUGAAAUAGGUCCUUGGAUUUUGUUAGUCUUUCCUCAAUGUGUUUUCAGCAUUCAAUGUUCAUGCUCAGUGAACCAGCUUGGAGUUAAAAAAGCAUUUUCUCUAUGUUUUAACUUCUUCUCAAGCAUUUAUCAUUCAAUUGAUCUUAGUUUUGUUUAAUGUUUUGCAGUUGGAAAAUUGUCUGCCACAUGUGACACUGACUCUGACCCUGAGAUUGUUAUAAAGAGAAAUACAACGCUUGAUCUAGCUGAUACACUGGUAAGUGCAAUUUUUACCCUAUUUGGGUGACCAUUUACUGGUGCUAAACAAAUAUUUGUCUUUACCACAGCCAUUUGAACCUUAUAACAUGAGCAGUCCUGUACACAAUGAGCCUGAAGAUCUGUAAGUACUUAUGGUGUGUGUGUAUGUGUGUGUGUGUUUGAUGUUUGCUUGCUUUUGUAAUGUCACUUCUAUAUUUUGUAGUAAAUUAUGAUUUCUGCUUCUAUGCCCUCUCAGGAACAGUGCUAGGGGGCUUUCAUUGUCUUCUGAUCUGCCACAGGUAAUGAGUUUUUAAAACGAAGUUUGUGUAGGGAUCACUAGGUCAAAGAUUUUAAAAAUUGUUGAUGGGCCACAAAAUUGAUAUUGGUGCACCGAUUUUAUAGCUGUGUUUUUUUAGUUGUAAUUUAUGUCCUUGAGCACUCAUGAGGAGCUGUCUUUAUUUGCUAAAAUAUUUAGCAUAUUUCUACAUUUCUAUAUUUCUUCUUUCUUUUCAGACCAUAGUAUUGGAUAAUGACCACGACUAUGCUAGUCCCUCUGGAUGUCAUGAUGUCAAGAGCUCAUGUUACAGGUGUGUUAUAUCUUAUCUUAAAUGUUAAAUGUUUGACAGAAUACUUGUGACGCAGCCAACAAAGGUGUCGACUCGGAAAUAAAACAUUUCUGUCCUGACAAGGAUAAGGUCUUAUGUUUAAAGCAGAAGAAUUGGUCAACCAUUUGAUAGGGCAAAUGCCUGCAUUUCUGAAUUUAUUAGUGCUUUGAAUUGUUGAUGUUCUGCGCAAAUAAUAUCUUCCUUUUUCAGAACUUACACUGACCUCUUUGGACCUAUCAUCAUUGAUGAUGAUGAUGAGGAUGAAGUUCCCAUUCCUGACAAAACACAUGACAUGGCUUCUGAAGAAUUUGAGUGAGUCAUAGACAUUAGAAAAUUAACCAACUGUGUGUUUUCCAUAAAAUUACAUCAUUCAAAAGUGAGAAGUCACUAAAAUGAACACCUCAGACUUUCCCUGCCUGUAACUGCCUGCCUCAGGUCCAGUUGUUAAGAUGUGUGUUUGAGUAGAGUCCAUUGAAAAGAAGUUAUUAAAUUAAAUGUGCUCAUUGUUUCAGAGAGUGACUCAUCAGCAUCUCUUGUACAUAAAUCAACAUUUAAGUAUAUUUUAGAGUGUAAAGUAAGUGUCUUACUUUUUCUUUUCUUAAGACCUACAAGUGUGCAGGCAGCAGAAGUAAUUGCAAAUCUGGCACUUGCAAUUGACCACAAGAAAGUCAGCCGGUUCAAUAUAUCAAGAUCUGAUGUGUGGGAUGGAGCUGUGCGCGGAUUUCGACGCAGCACAUACUCCGAAUCCAGUGACAUCUUCGUCAAGUUUACAGAUGACGCCGGUUCCUUUGAAGAGGGGUUGGAUACAGGUGGGCCAAAACGAGAAUUCCUAACACUUCUCAUGACUCACCUCAGAAAUCGCCCCAUCUUUGAUGGACCUCCCGAAAGACGAUAUCUCGUGUACAAUUCCACAGGUGGGUUUAAUAAUAGGACAGAUUGUAUUUUAAAAAUGUUAAGUUUCCAAUCAUUUCGUCAUCAUUUUUUUUUCAAGUGAUGUAGAUGAUAAUCAUGCAUAAUUGUUCUCUAACCUCUGUAACAGCUGUCAGGGAAGACGAAUACUUUCUAGCAGGCAAGAUGAUAGUUGUUUCCAUUAUACACGGGGGACCUGCACCACAUUUCCUCUCAAAGGACCUUGUCAAUCACCUUCUAGGGAAGACAACUUUCAACGCCACUGUGGAAGAUGUAACCGAUGAGGAGUUACGGAAAGCUCUGCGUCAGGUAGAAAAAGAUCUCAACUCAUGGACUGAAUUUGCUAAGGGGUCACAUGAAAAUUAUUUCAGAAAUUGAGAGUGGACUAUGCUCAAGGUCAUAAGUUAUAUUUAUGUAAAGGGAUGGAUUUCUUAUUAUUUCAAUGAGAAGUAAAGGCAUUUAAUCCUAUUGGUAUAAAAUAAUGACAAACAUUUUCAGGAUUUAUAUCUUUGUAUUUUUCUUGCAAUAAUUGUUUUUGAAUAGGUUCAGGAAGCUGAAUCGGACGAAUCUUUGCAAGAUGUAAUUUUGCAAUACAGCACAAUGUUCCAGACAGCUGGAUGCCUCCGACGCACUAAAGUUCAUGAGAGGCAUAUGCUCAUAGAGGACUAUCUGAGGUGGUACAUCCUAGGACGCAACCAGAUUGCCAUUCAAAGGUAAGUUAUCUUAGGCUGCUUUUUUACUAACGCUCGUCAAUAAUAUUUUAGAAAAGUUUUUUUCUUUCCUCAUCAUUUUUUCUCUCCUCCUCUCAUGCUCCUCUCGUCAUCCUCCCCUCCUCUUCUCCUUUCCUCCUCCUACUUCUCUCCUCUCCUUCCCUUCCAUUCUCUCCUCUUCUCCUCUUCCUCUCAUGCUCCUCCUCUCCUCCCCUCCUGAGUGGGUGGCAGCUUUCAAAAGGUUGACAACCCCUGUCUUACACAAUAUUUGUCCUUAAUAGAUUCAAAGAGGGACUGGCAAGUCUGCAGUUUUUGACUGCUCUGCAGCAGCAUUCAGGUGUGCUGGCUCCUAUUCUGUGCCAUUCUUCCAAGGCCCUGACUGCAUCAGAAAUGGAGAGCCUCUUCCGUCCAGACCGCAGCCCAAGAGGCAGCAACAGGUGGCAGAAGGAGAACCAAACAAUUGGAUUUUGGGCUGACUUUCUUCUGGAUUGCGAAGGUUUGUCAAGGCUUUGUUAGAUGUUUAUUAAUUGUAGUGUAGUUAUAUUUAUAAUUAGUAUUUUCUCUGAUCAAAUAUAUGACUAACUAAAAUGUUGACUUUUUUGUCCUUAGAAAAAGUGGCAGCAGUGUCCCUCGAAGAUGUGCUUAUGUUUGCCAGUGGCUUAGCAGCGCUUCCACCAGCUGGAAUGACACCCUCUCCAAGUAUAGAGUUUUUAAUCGAUUCUCCUUUUCCAAUGGCGUGCACCUGCACAAACACUCUGAAGCUGCCGCUAUUGGAUACUUACAGAGUCUUUAAGACAAACAUGGAGUUUGGAAUCCAGAAUGCUCCAGGAUUUGGAUGUUUUUAGCUGCCAUAGGAACCUUUCAAGCAUAAAAGCGAUUUGUUUACCUUUGUGAGGGCUUAUGUCUCUGCAGUUAGCUACAUGCAUAGUUUAACGUUCACCUGUGUGAGGGCUUGCAUAUAUUUCAGUCUGUGCAGUUAGCUGUAUGCACAGCUUACCCAUUAUAUUAUCUGGAUCCUUUAUGGUUUUCUUUUGUUUAUUACUGGUUCUUUUCGUCUCUCAAUAACUUUAUUUAUUUUAAUUUUUUUAUUAUUAUUUAAAAUGUUGAAAUAACUGCUGGACACUGUACAGUUUUAGUAAAAAUGUUUAAUAAAGUUAUACCUGUCACAGUUUACAAAAAAAUGAGGUAUUCCCAAUUCUUGUCCACAAAGAUUCAUAAAAAUUUAGAAUAACAACUAAAGUGGUUAAAAAAUGCUCUUUUUUUUCAAAUAAUUUAAGUCAAAAACCAGUGCCUCCCACCACCAUCUACACAUAUUAAUAUAACUAUACACAUUCUCACAACUGACAGUAGGGAGACAUGGUUAGGCACUGAAGAUCGGGGGAAACGCCAAUCUGCAGGGCUGUUAACACUGGUUGGAGCAGCAGGGUAAGGACUGUGCCAGCAGCUGGACCCCCCUAAACUGACUGAUGAGUGGACAAACAUAGUGGAGAGCAGCCCGACCAAAGGGACCUGGGACUCAGUCUCUACAGCCCAGCUAUUUGCUUCAGAGUGGUGUAAAGGUCUGAGGCUGUCCUCCAGUCUUGUGGCUGUUGUAGUCUGUUUUGUUCCACAGCCUGUUGUAGGUAUUCCUCAAUGUCUGCAUCACUGUAAAAAUCAAUCUCUUGUCUUGCCUCGGGAAACACAUCCAGCUCUGCAUCUUCAACAAA